AGUAGAGGAGUACCGAGAGGAGGAGAAAAGAGAAGACCAGAGUAAAGAGGAAAGGAGGAAUGAGAGGACAGGAGAGCAGAUGGGCUCUUCACAUUAUUAACAUGAAAACAGCUCAGGCAUGUUGACAAUGAUGGUGAAAACUGGGAGGGAGGUACAGAUUGAUGGGGUAUUUACAGGUUUAAGAAUUCAGGGAAAAUCCUCCUUAUCAUGAGGUGCUGAACUGACUUCUGCAGGAAAAAUAGUAACCACAACAUGAGCGCUCCAACAACAGGAAGCCCAAAUAUGGAAGUGAAGGUGGUGUCCCAGGAGAUGGCAUUGCUUAGCAACAUACUGGCUGCUUACACCUUCAUUGCAGACCAGCCCGAGAGGACAGCGCUUGUGUUUCUUGGCGGCGUGUGCGUUGGCCUUCUUGUCACACUGUGCGCCAUCGUCUUCCAAAUACACUGUCGAGCAGACUGCCACUAUGGCAACACUAACAAUCUUCCCCAUCGCCCAAGGAACAGACUCCAACAUCGUCGGCAUCACAGCUGUCACCACCAUCAGCCCGCAGACAGUAACCCAGACAAUACUGCCGUCGUCCCCUCUGGAGAGACUGGGCCCACUGGGGAAAGUGAGUCUGAGGACUGGGAUGACACAACUGAUCCAUCAGCCCGGAGACGCAGACGCUUUGAGAGAUCCCUAAUGCACGCCACCAUGUUCACAUCGGCUGAGGAGCUGGACCGGGCCCAGAGGCUAGAAGAGCGGGAGAGGAUCCUCCGAGAGAUCUGGAUGAACGGACAACCAGACAUCAGUACAGUCACUCAAAGUCUUAACAGAUAUUAUUGAAACAACAGUAAACAGAGAGAUGCGCAGACUGAGAUACAGACUGAAAAAAGAAGGAAACAAACAUACAGCUGAUGGAUGGAAACGGAUCUAAUAGCUAUAUAGGUGAAUAAAUACUAUAUGACAUGAAUAGCCAUCAGCUUACUGGACUGAUGUAUUGUGCCAAUGUGACUCUUGUGAAACUGUCACUGACAGAAAUGCCUGGAGAAGUCCCUCUACUGUGUAAAUUAAUGAAAACAUAUGAGCUGCGAUAGUUCAGUCAUCCAACAAGAGACAGCAAUGACAUUUUUGGAAGAAGAAUGCCCCGAAACAUCAACUGGUAGAGACACAAAGAGCACAGAUGACCACCACUGCUGCCAGCCGUAGCAGAUAUUUCAGAGAAUCUGCGAUAUGUAGCUGCUGCCAUAAAGUCGCUGGGAUUUUCUAACUUUUCUAUUAUUAACAAGUGCUUUGAGAAGUAUAGCAAACAGGGGGCAUAACAGAGGCUACAGCUGUGUGUGAGUGUACAGUCUGAAAUGAAAUGAUGAGAUUAAGCAAGCUUUUAGCUGCUUUCUUAUUCACACGGGGUCACCAAAGCAAGGAUCUUGGCUUGUUAAACUGAUCACAAUCCAACCAUCUGUACUGGAAAGUAUCAGCUUUUUAACAGCCACUUUUCUAUCGGUGCAUUAGAUUACCAAUUUACUAAUGGGAAUGUUUUUUAUUUAUUCUGUCAACUUAAUUUAAUGAUGACUGAAUUUAAACAGAAUCUAAUGAAAGAUUUUAAACAAUAACUUAUUGUUUAAUUAUUGUCAAUACUAUUCUCUUUAGUACUUUGUUUUAAGGCCAAAUAAAAGCAAAAACAUUUGCAUAACAUUUGGAUUAAUUUUCAAUCAGUGGUUCUCAAACCUUUUCUGGCACGCCCCACUUAAUCCUACUCCACUAACAUUGGGUGAUUGUCAUCCAUGUAACUAUAGUCACAUGAUUUUCAUUGUAUUGCUUUAGAGCCUUUUUAUAGGGUCCCCAUGAUACCUUUUUUCGUUUUAAUGCAGUAACUCAAUGCCCCACAAGUGGCAUCUACCCACAGUCUGAGAACUACUGUCUUAAACACUGGUAUCAAGAUAUGGUCCACAUUUUAGAGUUUUUGCACUUUUCUCAUCUACUCUUAUUUGUUUGUGAACCUGCUAUAAUCCCACUGUGAGUUCUGGAAACUGUAAAAUUAAAGGCAACAGAAGGGAAAAAGUGUAAAUGUGGUGAGAUAGAUGUAAAACUUCCACUCUACAGAGCAGCAUAAUAACUCGAUGCACAGAUGGAGAUAUACUGGUGCUUAUAUUGCUAGAAUUCUGAAUCUCCUAAUGACUGUGUACUAAUAAUUAUGACAGAAAUGGCUUAGGAUGGCAGCUAAUCAGCUGCAGGUCUUUCUGCAUAUCACACAAUGUAUUAGCAGCUCAUGCUCCAUUUAAAUCUGUGUUGAAGAGUUGAAAAAGUGAAUAAACUUUAA